ACCGUGCAUUCAUCUUUGAUAAAGGUAAUAUUUAGCCGUAUUGCUAGACUGGUGUUUGGACUUUACACCUCCUGGACGUUUCGGCCCUGGACGUUUCACCCUGAAAACACUGGUAAGAACAGUAAGAUAGGACAUGGCAGACAAUGGGGACAACCCUUCAUAUGACUUUAGUCACAAAUACAGGGGAUAUGCUAUAAUCAUAGUAAAUGAAAAUUUCUAUGACAAAAAAAAAGAACUUCCACUACCAAAAAAUAAAAGAUAUGGGUCAUCUGUAGAUUUGAAGAAUAUGAAAGAUAUGUUUAGAGCGCUAGACUUUCGUGUGAAAGCUUACAAAGAUCUGACAGGUGAUGCUAUGAAACAAAAAAUUAAAAAAGCAAGUCAAAAUGAAGAGUUUAAUAAGAAUUCAGAUUGUUUUGUACUGGUGAUUAGUUCCCAUGGUGAAGAAUUGGAGGAAAAAAAGUUACAAAACAUGGACAAGAAUGCAAGAGUUUGGCGUCAUAGUGUUCUUGGUUCAGAUAACUACAAAGUCUACAUAGAUACAGAUGUGAUAUCAUUGUUCCAGGAUGAUAAAGAAACAGGACUAACCAACAAGCCUAAGCUGUUUUUUAUACAGGCAUGUAGGUCAAGGCAUGGUAAUAAAGAAAAGCGUUUUGACUUCGGACAAGUUGUUAUAGUUGCUAAAGAGAAACGGUCAAAUGUACAGCCGAGUGAUGCCGGUGAUCACAUAGAUAACAUUGUGUUAGACAGUCUGGAUGGUGAUGGAAUAGACAAUAUUUACUCAGACUUAACUGAGGAUGCUGAUCAUGAUGAAUGGAAUGAAGCAGAGGAGACGUAUGAUGAUGUCAUUACUGUAGACUCAGAUGAAGAUAUCUCUGAUGCCAAAGGUAGCCCUGAUUCUGGCAUGAUGCCAAGAUCACCUUCUCCACUUUCCCAGCAACAGCAGCAGCAGCUCCAACAACAACAGCUGCAACAACAACAACAGCAGCAGCUUCAACAACUUCAGCAACAACAGCAGCAGCUGCAGCAACAACAACAACUUCAGCAACAACCACAGCAGCCACAGGAAGUAAAUCUUUUGGCACCAAAUCUUCCAGAAAGAGGUGACAAACCAAUUGGUCAGAUAAUUGAUAUAGCAGGAGGUAAUGAGAAUCAGGCACAGGGAUCUGGUAACCAUGGUAGUGGGGAUCAGGCAGAUGCAGGCCACUCGGCAGACACAGGUGUGAUCCCUAUGACACCAUAUGAUGUAAUUCCUAUCAACUGCCCGCAGGACUGUCUCAUUGUUUACCCUUCAGUGUCAGGAGCAGUUGCAUUUAGGCGUCCAGAUAUAGGGUCAAGGCUAUUACACUGUAUGAAUAAAAAAGAGAAUCUGAAGAAACUAGUAAGGGGCUGCGACUUGUUGCAAUACCUGACACUGGUAUCUGGGGAUAUGGCGGGACAAGAGAUAAGUUUUGACCCAUGGAAGUCGGGUUACGAUGGGGCGUAUGCUGUGGAAUUACAGAAGAACAUGCCUUUUAAAGUCACAACUGUGGUUUCACACAGGUUGAAGAAACAAGUCAUGUUUGAAGCGAAGACAAAGAAUUCACCAAUGGCAUAUCUGAGGAUGAUGUUUGAGAAGUUGUUCCUUUAAACUGCAGGAUCAUUUUGGAUAUCGGACCCUAAUGAAAAUAAAUGCAAUCUGCUUUAUUGUUAAUUUCUCAAAUCAUGACGUCACAAGUGAAAGAUAAUCUCUUAUAUAGCAAAAAUGUAUUUUUUAAAGAAGAUAUACAAAAACUGUCAAAAGAAGUCAAGGCCAGUGUUACGUUUUUUUUUUAUAUGUUCAUGUGUACCAAAUAGGUAUUAGGGUUAAAACUUUGUUAUCCUGAAAUGCUAUACUGAAUCUCUGCAAAUUAUAUUUUAUAAUAGUUUAAAAAACGUAUUAAAGAUAUUGUCAAAAUGUAAAUUGUUUUGCAUAGUUUUUCUCAACAUAAACACUUAGUUGCUUGCUUUUCUUUUACAAACAAUGUUAUGAAAAAAUAAAAAAAAAAAAAAAAAAAAAACAAACCAAAAACAAAAAGUGAUAAUAGAUUGUUAGUGACAAGAAUAAUUGUUGUAAAUUUUUUUACGAGUUUUAAAACACAUAUUAAUACUCUGAACAAUUUUGAAAUAUGAUUUUUGUCUUAAAGGCCUAUUAUGCACUUUAAAUACUUUUAUUUUUAUUUUUUAAAAACUUUUUUUGUGUGUCUUGUUGUUGUUUCCAAAAAAGAUUCCCAUUGACUAAUUAUGUGAACCAACUUUUGCUUCAGUUGUUGUGUUUGGCAAUUAGUUAAGUUAUAGUGAUUUGGUAUUUUGUCUGGAAGUCAAAUUACCACUUUGUUUACAUUUUGCUACAUUUAUGACAAAUAAUACCACUUUCUGAAUAAGUUUUCUUUGGAUAAUAAGCAUAUAAUAUAUGCUUUAAAACCAUUAUUUAAAUUUUAUAUUACUCGGGUAUGCAUUUUCUAAAGAAGAAAAAUGUAUUUGUUUCAGGUGUGUAAAGUGCCUUUAAAGUUAUAAGAAAUUAUAAAAUAUAAAAUAUUUAAGACACAUUAAAUCAUUAUGGACACAUUUGUUCAAGAAGAAUCAUUGUUACAUUUGUCCUAUAAAGAAGUUACAUUUAUUCAUGCCAAAAGUUUUAAAGUUGUUUUCACCUUACUUUUAAAGACAGAAAAUUGAUAAAUCGAGGGACCUGUUUAAGACAGUUUGGACUGAAACCCAUGUGAAAAUGCAUUUAUUACGAACUUUGCUCAAUUUUUACAUUUUUUUUAAAGGGGAAAAAUCAGUAUAUGACUAGUUUUAUAAUUAUGAUUACCAGAGUUUCUUCCCUUAGUUUCUAUUAGCACCAUUUGCUUUUGAUUUUGACUAUAACUGCAAAAGAACUGUUGAUAAUGUUAUUAUUUGAGUGAAUCUUAGAAUAUUAAUCUGAAAGAAAUUAAUGUUUGUUUUAUACAUAUGUGUGAGUGUAUUUUUAUAACAUUGCAAAAAAAUAUACCAAAAAAUUGUUUGUGACAUUUGAGUUAUAUAAUGGCUUUGUCUAUUGUGUAUUGUGAUGUUUGUGAAAGAAUAAAGCUUCUCCUUCUGCAACAUAUAUGGUAUAAUUAUAUAUAACAUUAUAUGAGCCGCGUCACGACAAAACCAACAUAAUGAGUUUGCGACCAGCAUGGAUCCAGACCAGCCUGCGCAUCUUCGCAGUCUGAUCAGGAUCCAUGCUGUUUGCUUAUCAACUCUAUUACAAGUGGGGAAAAUGACAACGAACAGCAUGGAUCCUGAUCAGACUGCGCGUAUGUGCAGGCUGGUCUGGAUCCAUGCUGGUCGCAAACCCACUAUGUUGGGUUUUGUCAUGAGGCGGCUCAUAUAUAUUUACAUUUUCUUAAUUUCUGCGUCUGCCUGGGAUAAAAAUGUACAUGUAUUCUAUUAUUAUUCUAAAUAAUAACAAAGAUGGUAGUACUUAACUUGCGUGCAUAUUGUGGAGCCUAGUUGGACCACCGUAAAUGGAAUAGGAAAUUACCCUUCAGACAGAACGUUGCUGACAAAUAUCUUAUGGGGUUAUAACCGGUAGGGGACUAUUGUAUUGCUUGCAAUACUAUGAUAAUUGCUUGUUGAACUUGAUGCCUAAAUUAGUAUUGUAUUCGCCCGUGGCUGGCAUGAUUUAAUUUUUUUCAACUCAUUCAAUAAAUUAUAGUAUUGAACAUUACACUCAUUCAAUAUCACCUUUUUAUCUCACUGAAAUUGCUUUGAAAAUGUAUUGUAAUCAAAUAAUUUUGUAUGCAAUCAAAUAAUGCAAUAAAACAAACAUAAUAUUAUGUAAUUACAUGUAUACAAGAAUU